AAAAAAGAAAAUUUGAGUAGCAUACUCCACUUGCCCAAUUUGCACAUACGCAACUGUUUUCCAACUUACUGAAAUUGCAUUUAGCCUCUGCAUCUCCGUCCCUCGUCUGUCGACAAUCCCCAUUCUUCAAUCUGCUCAGAUUUUUCAUCUUCGCACAAUUAAUGACCUCGCUAAAACAUCCUUGUACUGGGCGCUGACAGUCUUUCAUUUCCAUCCAGAGUGAGCAGGAAUUUCAUUACACUUCCAUGGCUCCCUUAAUUAGAGGCCAUGAUGACAUGGAACUUAAUUGGGGGACGGAUGGAGUAUUAUUUUGUAGAAUCUAUAGAGGUACGUGGUUCUAGUUUCUUUCAGCUUUAAGGCGUGUGACUGGUUCAACAACAACAACAACAACAUUACCCCAAUGCUGCAAAAGUUCUCACCUACGGUGGGGUGAGGUGUGUGACUGGUACUUGAUAAUAAAUACUUCGUCCGUCCCAUAAAAGUUGCUCAAAGUUGAUUUGCACGUGGAGUAAGAAGGUACAAAAUAUGUGGUUGAGAUAUGUGCAAAGGAGAGAGAAAUAACAUGAGUCACAUGUUUUUACUUUAAAAUUAUGCGAAAGUUUUUUGGGACGGCUAAAUAAGGAAAGUUGUUAAAGUUUUGUGGCACGGAGGGAGUAUAUUUCUAUGGAUAAGAUUAAUUAAUUAAUACUACCUUCGUCCCGUAAAACUUGGCCAACUUUUCUUUUUUGGUCAUCCCAAAAGACUGCCAUUUCCAUUUCAAAUAACAAAUACUUCGUACAUGGCUAAAGUUAUUUCUCUCCCCUCUGCACAAAUAUCAACCAUAUAAUUUUUACUUUAUUAAUCUACGUGCAAGUCAACAUUGGCCAAGUUUUAUGGGACGGAGGGAGUACUCGAUUAUCUAUAAAUGGAAUGGCGAAUGAUUAUGGUUUUUCUUCUCCACACCUUUAAAAAGAAAUGCAAAUUGCCAGAUGAAUGGACCAGAGCAGAUACUGUGUAGCUUUUUCUUUUCUCUACAUGGCAUAUUAGAAAUUAACAACCUUUAGAAAUUACUCCGUAUGAAUUUCCUCUUGAAAUUGCAGUGAUCAGGUAGUCUAAGCAAUGCUUUUUUUCAUGGUUUCCACAGAUUAAGUUGCACAAAUCUUCUGGUUUUUGCUAUUUUUCUUUCCUUCACUCUUCUUGUUGAAGCUUCCGGUUAAAAAAAUCAGAUGCCAUGGUUAGGGUCUAUGUGAGUUGGGGGUUUUAAUGAGAUUUUUGCUGCAUAAGAUUGGCGCUGUGUGCUUACUCUAACAUUGAAGUUGACUUCUGCUCAGGUUUUAUGAAAAUUACCAAACAAUACCGGUGCAGUCACUCCGCAUACUGCAUAUGCACAAAAGGGCAUCUAAGUGAAGAAGUGAUAUUCCUAGUCUUUGAACAUAUGAACUGGAACCCGAAGACAAUUGCAGAUCUAUCCUGUGCGUGCAAAUGGUUUGAUGAUCUCGCAAAGAGAGUGCUCUGGAAGGAGUUCUGCAAGAAAAGGGCGCCCAAGAUGAUGCUUGACCUACAAUCCUGUGGCAGCCACAGUGUGGACGGGAACUGGAGGGCACUUGGGAAACUCCUCAUUUACUGCUCUGGAUGUACAAAAGGCGGGUUGUUCAACACCAUUCACAUUCCCGGACACUUCGUUCAUAGGACUCGGUUCUCAAGGACGUCUGGUAAGAGCUUUCUUUUACCUCAAUGUAGGACAGAUGUUUUGUACGUCUCCGAUCCAUGUGAGCAUCUUGACCAAGGAGAAGAAGGAGACGUUGGGUUUUUCCGGGGGAUAUUUAAGUCAUUCGGGUCAUCAAAGGUGAAGAAGAUGCUGAUAAAGAAGGACGCUCAGCUGCACCCGAGGGAGGUGUGUCCGUACUGUAAGGCGAAGCUGUGGAGUAUGUUGCAGGCUAAUAUGAUACCCUCAAGUGCUAGUUGCAGACUGGGUGCUUAUGAAGAUGCGAUUGAGUAUUAUGUGUGCCUUAACGGUCAUGUGCUUGGGAUUUGUACGCUCUUGCCCUUGUCCGAUACAGAGGAAGCGGAAGCUUCUGGAUCCGAGUGAGGCGUAGCAGAAGAAUGAAAUAUAUAUUAUAUCUUUAUAUGUGUGCAGUGCUGCAUUUCUUUUUACAAGGAUGAUGAGAGCUUUCCAGAGUUUUUUGCUCAGAACUCUUCACAAUGGGUGAGCAUUUUGAUUGAGUAAUGGUGGUAUGCUUCAGAACAUUCUUGCGAACCAUUUGUGCAAUUGUAUCCGCUUUGGUGCGACAUUGUAAUGUCCUUCACACUCCUGUUGUGUAAUCAUUGUACUUGUCUCAGUAUGGGAAAAUUUUGUAUGCCUCCGCAAGUCCAUAUGUUCUUACUGUCCCACUUUUCUUUUUCCCUUUUCUUUAUCAUCUAUUCAUAGAACUUUGAUCAAACUUGAUUUGCAUGUGGAUUAAGAAACUAAGAAAGUAAAAAUUGGGUAGUUGAGAUUUGUAGGUUAUAGGUUGUGGAAUAAAAGAUAGAGUAUGACAUUGACAAUUCAUAUUUGUAUCAUGUAUUAUGUGAUUCAAACUCAUUCAUAAUUUAUUAUUUCAAUUACUUUAAUUACUACAU